UCAAUUUUUCUGUAUCACUAUCGUUCCUUGUGUUGAAGACUCAAGAACAAGAUGAACAUUAAAUUAUCACUUUUGUGUCUCGUGUAUUUUUUCAAAGUCUCCAAUGGAGCUAGAUUAUUGGGAAUAUUCGCAAUGCCGGGAAAUAGUCACUAUAUUUUAGCCGAAAGAUUGAUGAAAGGGUACGCUGCAGCUGGGCAUCAUGUUACGAUGAUAUCUCCUUAUCCAACAAAAAAUGUUCCAAAGAAUGCUUCAUGGGAAGAUAUUGUUUUGGACGGAUUAGAUGACGCUUACAGAGAAAAACUCAAAGAAGUCAACCUAUACGAAGACAGCACAAGAAGUAACUGGAAUAAAAUAGUUUCCUAUCAAGAACUAAUGAUGCACUGGGUUAACACAACGCUUUAUCAUCCCAAAGUCAGAGCUCUAUUGACACCAGAAAAUAAAUUCGAUGUAGUUAUCAUGGAACAAUUUUUGAAUGACGCUCAUAAAUAUUUUGCCCAUUAUUUCCAGUGUCAUUUAAUUGUAUUGUCAAGCAUGGGUCCAGUUGUAUGGGUUAACAAUAUAGCUGGAAAUCCAGUACCUCCAUCUUAUGUGGAAAGUUUUCUAAGCGGCGGUACAUUUUCUGCAAAUAAAUUCUGGGACAGAUUCGUUAAUUUUUUCGAUUACAUCAUUGGAAAUUUAGUUGAAUAUUUUUAUUUGAAGCCGCUACAUAAUGAUUUGAUUCAAAAAGCUUUUCCUGGUGCUCCUUCAGUUGAAGAACUAAAUGAACGUAUUGCACUAAUAUUGCUAUCGUCUCACACAAGCCUAUUGGAGGCAGUACCUUUAGUACCAAACAUGGUAGAAAUUGGAGGAUAUUUUAUAGAUCCACCUAAAAAGUUGCCAAAAGAUAUACAGCAAUUUUUAGAUAAUGCUCCGGAAGGAGUCAUAUAUUUUAGUAUGGGUAGUAAUGUUAACUCAAAGGACAUGCCCAUGGAAAAAAGGCAAAUGCUGUUUGAUGUUUUUUCAAAAAUUAAGCAAAAGGUUUUAUGGAAAUUCGAAGAUGAAAAUGCUACUGGAAUUCCCGAUAAUGUUUUGAUUAAAAGUUGGAUGCCUCAGCAAGAUGUUCUAGCUCAUCCAAAUGUAAAACUCUUCAUUACCCACGGAGGAUUUCUUAGUACAACAGAAACAAUUUACCACGGAGUACCGGUACUUGCAAUUCCAGUGUUCGGUGAUCAAUUUAUUAAUGCCAACAAAGCAGUUCGAUACGGCUACGGCCUAAUGCUGUCAUAUCAUGACAAUCAGAAUUUCAAUGAAGACACUUUAACUAGACUCCUGCAGGAACUGUUGACCAAUCCCAUUUACCAAGAAAAUGCUAAGAGACGAUCCAGAAUUUUCCAUGACAGACCAAUAAAGCCCAUGGCGAAUGCCGUUUAUUGGUUGGAGCAUAUUUUAAGGCAUGACGGGGCUGAACAUUUGAAAGUUGUCGGAAGGAAGUUGUCUUUUUAUGAGUAUUUAAUGCUUGAUGUUGUUGGUGUGAUACUAGUUGGGAUAAUGCUUAUUUUAUUUGUCGGAAAACGGAUUUGUAAUAAAAUGUUUGUACAUGUUAAACCAUUGAAGCAACAUAAAUUUAAAUCAGGCUAGGAAACAAAUUAUUAGAGGUUUUAGGUGAAUUUGAUUAUUCACUUCAUUGUAAUGUGAUGUUUAUGAACAUCUGAAGAGUUAUGUGAAGUUGCUUGUGAACUCACUAGAAAACUAUGAACAAAAUAGAUUUAAGAUGAUUUUUUUCAUAAACGUAUUAAUUUUUAAUGUAUUGUUAUUUUUAAAACGCAUUUCAAUAAUUAAUAAAUUAUUUAGAGAAAAGAAACUUUGCUCUUAAUC